CGUUCAUGACUGGCAGUGGUGCUGUUGAGUCCUUUCCUUUCACUUUACCCAAACAAAGCCGGGAAACAGGGGCACGGACAUCAUGGAAAAUAUUCCAGGGCAGAUCCGGAACAGCAACCACGAAGAAUACACCUCAUUUGCUGACGUGAAACAAGGAAUAUAACCGCUGACGGUAAAAACCACAAACCACGUCGGGCUCCUCUUUCUUCAUCUCCACCAUUUUGGUUGUCAGUGAUGGAGCACAUCCGGACGCCCAAGGUGGAAAAUGUGCGUCUUCUGGACCGCUCGUCAGGCCAGAGAAAGGCCAGCAUUGGGACUCUCUACCUUUCUGCCACGCACACCAUCUUUGUAGAGAACAAUCCUGAGACACGCAAGGAGACGUGGGUGCUGCACAGCAUGGUGAGCAGUGUGGAGAGGCCACCCACCAUCCCUGCGGGAAGUCAGCUGAUCUUGCGUUGUAAGGACUUCCGGAUCUUCCAAAUCCUUAUUCCACAGGAGAGAGACUGCUUUGACAUCCAUACCUCAUUGGUCAGGCUGUCAAGACCAGAGAAGUACAGUGAGCUGUACUGCCUGUCCUUUAAUCCCAGUGUGAACAAAGAGGAGAGAGAGGAGUCCUGGAACUUCAUAGAUCUCAUGGCCGACUACAAGAGGAUGGGAGUUCCUAAUAACCUGUGGGUCGCUACAGCGGCCAACAGUGAAUUCAGGGUGUGUGAUACGUACCCAUCAGAGCUGUUUGUUCCAAAGUCGGCCACACCUGCCAUCAUCGUGGGCAGCUCGAGGUUUAGGAGUCGAGGACGAUUUCCUGCUCUGUCCUACUUCCACCAGGACACACUGGCAGCAGUGUGCCGGUGUAGUCAGCCACUGUCAGGCUUCAGUGGACGCUGUCAGGAGGAUGAGAUGAUGCUGCAGACUGUGAUGAAGUCCAACCCUGGCAGUGACUACAUCUAUGUGGUAGACACCAGGCCCAAGCUGAAUGCCAUGGCAAAUCGAGCAGCAGGUAAAGGCUACGAGAACGAGGACCACUACACCAACAUCAAGCUGCAGUUCAUUGGCAUCGAAAACAUUCACGUAAUGAGGAGCAGCCAGCAGAAAAUCAUCGAUGUGGGUGACAUGAGAUCUCCAUCCAUGACUGACUUCCUGUGGGGGCUGGAGAACUCUGGUUGGCUCAAACACAUUAAAGCCAUAUUGGAUGCUGGGGUCUUCAUUUCCAGGGCGGUUGCUGAUGAAGGUGUCAGUGUGUUGGUUCACUGUUCAGAUGGCUGGGACAGGACAGCCCAGGCCUGCUCUGUGGCCAGUAUACUGUUGGAUCCAUUUUAUAGAACCAUUAAAGGAGUCAUGGUGCUGAUAGAGAGAGAUUGGGUUUCCUUUGGACACAAGUUCUCCCACAGGUACGCUCACCUGGAUGGAGAUCCAAAAGAGGUGUCUCCUGUCAUCGAUCAGUUCCUCGAGUGUGUGUGGCAGCUGUCCGAGCAGUUCCCAUGUGCCUUUGAGUUCAACGAACGCUUCCUCAUCGCCAUACAUGCACACGUCUACUCCUGUCAGUUUGGGACCUUCCUGGGUAACUGCCAGAAGGAACGCAGGGAUAUGAGGCUUCGAGAGCGGAGUCAUUCUGUGUGGCCUCAGCUGUGGAAGGACAGAAUUGAGUACACUAAUCCUUUGUACAAGGCUGAGCUGAGCCAGAGUCAGGGUGUCCUGAGACCCAACACCACCCCCUACUGCUUCAAAAUGUGGAAGGGUCUUUAUAACCACAUGGAGAAGUCGACGCCUUCUCGCCAGUCCCCUGCCGACUUCCUGUCUGCCGUGAGGGAGGAGUCUCAGCAGCUGGAGGAGGAGCUGACCAAUCAUCAGGAGAGGAUAGCAGCCCUGAUAGGGAAGCCAAUCACGUGGGAGAAGAGCAAGGUUAAGAGGAACAGGACUAUCGACCUGCGGCAGAGACACUGCGGGCCUGACCCGCCCACCAUUUACACAGACGCAAUCACCAGCCCUGCACAGGACAAUGGACAUACACACUCCUCUGCACCAGCCAAUCGGAAGGCUCAGACCAAGAACCCCGCUCUCACCCUGCCUCUUGGGCCGCACACCCAUCUCAAGUGUCACGACCCCGAUGACCUUUCCACCUGCAGUGACCUGGAGUCAGGCGUGGCCGACCUCAGCAGCCGCUCGUCCAGUGGCGGGGAUGACAAAAAGGACGUGGACUCAGAUGAGGCUGCUUUUACUACUGCCUGACAGGAAAAGGGAACCCUGCCACGUGGCUGGGAGGUGAAAAAGGAAAUCACCAAUCUUACCAUAGAUCCCCAAAAUAUUUAUUGGAACACCUGGAGGGGAGGGGAGGAGUUCAAGAUGGCUACUGACUGACCGAAAGGCAGUUGGAUUUUAUUCCUGUUUUCUUAUUGACUAAAAGGGAGUCACAGUGAAUUUGGGAGGAAAUUUACUGGCUGUUUAACCUUUUUGACGAAGGCACUGAAAGACGCCAUUUUAGUGUUUUAAUUUGACUUUUUUUUAAUUCCACAUUUUGUUACAGAUGUUGCAGCUGUUUUUUUAUAUGUGGAUGUUGUUUUUAGGUCGGCUCAAUUCCUGUCAUUUGCACUUAGUUUAAAGAAUGCACUGUUUCUACUGUUAGAUGGACAAAUUACAAGCUGCAUGAAGCCAGCCUUAUACUGUACGACGCAGGCUUGAUGAGGGGUUUAGAUUUUCAGAGAGUUCAGCAAACACAGUUACUUGACAAACCUUAGCUUGGGUCCAUGCUUUUGUGUUAAAUAGUUUGCGACAUUGUGGAAGAUUUGCUGAGUGAUUUUCUUACACUCAGUGUUCCCUCUUCACUGUAAAAUAAUAUGCAUUAUGAUCCUAGUAAUAAUAGUUUUUCCUCCGAGGUAUUUCUUUGUAGGGCCAGCAGACAUCUGAACUUCACACUGGAAGCAGCAGAGAGUUGUGCUCCAAAACCAGCCUGCUGUCUGAGACGUCAUAUCUUCUUGAGAUGUAGCAUACAGGUUCAACAGUUUGCAUCAAGUUAGGUCUGAGGGGCCACUAGUAAAGUACGCUAACACAGUAAUAUAAUAUAUAGUAUGUAUAGGAUUAGAAGCUGAUUCAGUCACAUGAACAUUAUUUCACUGGAAAAUGAUCAUGUUCAUGUAGAGGAAAGCAGAUCAAUGUUUGCAGUGAGUUUGAGGGGUUUUAAAUGUGGACGGUCUUUAGCCUGACCCUGGAUCAGCCCUUCAUUAUCUCAUUUGGAGCUUUAGUGCUGAAUGAAGAACAGAAAUGGAGUUGCUGCUUGGGAAACUGUGAAAUGUUCCAUGAAGUAGUCUAAACACUGGGGGGGCCAAUGAGCCGACAGCCUAAAUGGGUUCAGUUUGUCAGUUUGUCUGUCUGAACUUACAUGAUGCCUUGUCUUUGGUUGCACUCAAGUCUUCAAUUAUUUCUUCCCUUGUAACUUGUCCAAAACCUUAUCACUCUAUUCAACACAAAUCUGCCACGAGGGCUCUAGUGUUUAGGUUCUGAGAGUUUGAAUAAAACAUAUACAUUUUGUUUAGAUUAGAAACCAGAGAGUUCAAAGAUCAUCCUCCAAAGGCUCUUUUUAAAAAUAGUUUGCUCUCGCAGCUAUAAAAGUAUAACAGGAAGAGAAUAUGUCAUAGAUUGACAGUAUCAAGUGAGAUUGACAUUGUUUGAAUGACUGGUCAUUAGGUUAGAUUAGAUGAAGAUGGAACAGGAAACGACAAGAACAAAAAUAUUAAUGUUUACAACAAAUGCUGGAAUACAGUGUUUUUUUGUCUUUCUGUGUGCAAUAUAUUAUUUUAAAGUCAUUUUUUUUGUUGUUGUCACAUUUCAGUAUACUGUAGAGGACGUGAUGUCCACCCUGACUGAAUCCUCCACAUGAGAAAGUGUACAUCAUGAAAUCCAGUGAAUGUUUCAGAAGUCAUUAUAUAGCCUGUGUUUAAUCGACGUGUGCUUUAACAACUUCAGAACUUGUAGGUUGUGUCCUUUCAGGUGAUUACAUUCCCACUUACAUGAAUUACCAACAGCAAGAACAAACCCUUGAUUUAGUUUUCUGAUCUCUGCGCUGUCCAGAGGGAUCUCUGUGGUAAAGUGCAUUCAAUAUUCAAACAAGCAUAUUUAGUGUUUAUCAUGGAAGAAUGACUCAUUGGAGCACAGUGUUAUGUUAGUGUAUUUAAAGCUGACAAAGAAAACCUGCUGUGGCUCCAUGUACUGCUUCUUUAAUGUGGGCGGACAGACCGUAAAGAAAACUGUGCACUGUAAACCAAACCCAUCUGACUGAGUCGUGCAUCUUAAAGCUACAGACAGUUGUGCUGAGCAGUGAGAACCACCUGUGGGAUUGAAGAAAGAAGCAAAGAGCACAGAUUAUCAUGUGGCUUCAUUUUUAACCACACAUUUGGAGAACAUGGUCUUAGAAGUCAUGUCAUAUGAGCAACUCAAACUCACCUCUUUCCAUUGUUGCUAUAUUUUAAAAACCUUCCUAAUUUAAAGCUGUAGAACAGUUUGGGUCAUUGGUCCAGGCUGGUGUGGCAACAUGCACAUAUAAGAAGGUGAAAGAACAUCACCCAGUAUAUGAUGACAAAUGUCACCCUGCUGCUUGCUGUGUGUGACAACACUGACUGAAUCUGAGGAGCUGUAAGACCUGGGAUCUCCUCUCCCUCUUAACUUGUACAUUUCACCGUAAUCUGUGGUGCAUACGUAUGUUUGUGUGUUCUGUAUCCAUUGAUGUGAAUGACCAAUAAAUGCACUGUCAAAGGGAAAGA